CAGCUUACUUGAAAUUGAAAAAGAGAGAACAGAUGGAAAGGGGAAAGGCUGAGACAACUUUGGGAUGUAUUAGUGUCUGGUGCAUUAUCACAGGAGGAAUUUCUUGCAUCUUGUCUUUCAGUGUUUCUUUUUUUUCCUGUCUACAUUCUCCCAACUUACUUUGCCUUGGUGUCUAAUGUAAAAAGAUGGCUCAAAGGAAUAAUAUCAAGCAAAUGCCUGCUUUUCUUCCUCUCCUGGCUCUUAUGCUGUUGACCCUUCUAGACACAUCAGCUGCAGUACCAGAAAAGAAACUUCCAAGGAGAUUGUUUAGACUACACUCCCGACAACCUGAUGGUAGGUCUCCACUUCCCCAGCUUGCUGGAAUGAGAACUGUCCGCAGAUUUCGGGGCCAAGUUUCUAAUCCUGGAGAAAGUACAGGAAGAGUUAACCAUGCUGUGCUCAAGCCCAUUGUUCGAAGUGAAGAAAAUAAACACAGAGCAUCUGAAUCUGUACAUGUGGUCUCCCUGCCUUCAAUGAAUCUCGAAGGAAAAAGUCAGCCAGUGUAUCGGGCAGCUGUUACAAAGCUCAAAAUUCCAGAAAACGAUUAUUCAUUGGAACCUAAGGAUGUAAGUGCCAGAGUCCUUUCCUCUCAGUCUGUACUUGUUACUUGGGUUGACCCAGUAUAUGAAAAGUCUGCAAAGAUCGUCUCAAACAGACGUUACACAAUUCGCUAUCGAGAAAAGGGAGAGUCUGCACGUUGGGAUUACAAAGAUAUAAAUACUCGGCGUGCACUGGUAGACAAACUAAAUCCUGAUGCUAUGUAUGAAUUUUCCGUCCGUAUUUCUCAAGAAGAUCAAGACGGCCAGUGGAGCUCCUCAAUUUUUCAAAGAACUCCAGGAUCUGCUCCAACCACUGCGCCAGAGAACCUGUAUGUGGAAUUAAUAAAUGGCAAAAAUACAGCUGUGACUGUCACAUGGGAUGAACUCUCUGAUUCUGCUGGCAAGAUAAAAGAAUACAUUAUUUCAUAUGCUCCUGCGAUGAAGCCAUUUGGAGGCAAAUCUGUUACAUACUCAGGAACUACUACAUCAGCCAUAAUUGAUGGCCUACAGCCUGGGGAACGGUACAUUUUCAAAGUCAGGGGAGCUAACAGAAGAGGGCAGGGCCCUCAAUCUAAAGCCUUUACAGUCAUAAUGCCAGAUGUUAGAUCUGUAACAAAGAAUGUUUAUCAAAAGUCUCACUUUGAAGAUUAUGGAAAGGUAGAGAAAACAGAAGAAGAAAAUACUGAUGAUUCAGUUGUUCCUUUGGAAUCUUCUGAAGAAGAUACAUUGGACUCUUUUCCAAAGACUAGUUUUAAGGAUCCUAGGGAGAAACUGUCACAUAGAAAAUCUGGGAUGAUGCCUGCGUCUAAUAGAAAAACAACUUCAGUAGACAGUCAUCAGUCAACUGAAGUUACUGAUGAGAGUGAGACAACAUCAACUCCGAAACUGUCUACGCCAAUUCCAGGUAGAAGAUUUCGUCCAUCCAUAAAUAAUCAAUUGAAUCCAAACACAGCUAGAAGACCAUUUAGGACAUCCUCUUCGAAUUUAGGACGCAGGAUCAUUGCUCGUAAGCCUAUUUCCCCUAGUGUUGUAAUAGAGGAAGAAAAUGAAACCAAGACUUCUAAAACUGAAGAAUCAAAUACUCACUCCACUAUUGAAGAUAAACGUUCUAAGGAUUCUGAUAAAGUAAGUCAGGAAACAAAAGAGGCAGAAAGCUUGAAUGAAGAUUAUGAUGAUGUAAGAAACACAAACCAUAAGGAAUUCACAAUAAACGCAAAUAACAGAGAGACUGAAUCUAAAAGUAAUUUGCCUAAAGUUCAUGAUUUAGGGCAAGAGGGAGCUUUGCCAUCUUCUCCAUCAUCUGAAACAUUAAAAAAAGAACACCCUUAUAUAAAUAACGUAGGAGAUUUAAAUGCAGACUCUGUCAGUUCAGAAAAUAGUGGCACUUCAAGCUCAGCAAAACUGCCUAUAGAACACAAACCACACAAUAUGCCUUUGGAAAGUAUGAAUGGAGAAAAGAAAGACAUACGUGAGAUGGACAAGAGACCUAAAUCCACUUCUCCUCUCCAGUCCCACAGAAAACCUACUCAUAGAUUUCCUAUUGCAGCAAUACAACGACCUCAGUCUAAUCAAUUCUCAUCUUAUAACACUAAUCACCAGCAACCAGACACUAGAUUAAUUUUAGACAAGGGAUCAGAACAUUCUACAGAUUCCCACAUUGAUGCCAACAAAGACAACCAAGAUUUGCAUUUACAUGAUUUUAAGACAUCAAAAGAACAUCAUUUAAUAAACACUAGACUACAGACAUCAGCAAGAAGGGCUUUUACUACAACUACUCUUCCUCCUACUUCUACCGCUACUACCACCAUUGCUACUACCACCUCUACAACUACUGCGGAAGCACAGACUACUACUAAAUCAAGCAAACCAAAUAAACUUGAUAAACUACCAUCUAAUAAUUCACCAUCUGUCCCAUCUUUCUCUGGAAAAUCAGCUUUAGAAUUACUAGAGUACUACAGAAGAAGAAGCUCUCAGGUUAAAACUAAUAAUGGCCGUAAUAUAAUGCCUAAUAGGAAUAUAAAAAUCCAGUCAGUUAAAACUACUGAAAUCUCUACAACUACAGUUGUGACAACCACAUUACCUGCUGAAACAAUAACAAUUUAUAAUCAAAACCGAUUGCUGAAUAUCCCUGAUAAGAAAAACGAUCCAUACAUAAGUUCAUCUGAAGUGCCUCCCAAACAUUCUUCAUAUGGUGAAUCUCACCAAGAAAUGCAUGUUAGGGAACCCAAAGAAAGAGAGCCUUACAUAUCAAAGAAAGAUGAUAAGAAAACACGGCUGGUGACCUCCAAACAUAAAACUGAAAUACACAAAAUGCCUAUAAAAAAGGAAAGCACAGGUGAAAAGUCUGAACAAAUUAAAAAGUUAAAACCUAAACAGACUGAGAGUCCAUCUGUUGAUACCCUUGCAUAUAGUGAAAAAUCUAAGAAUUCUAAAGAAAAGCAUGAAGAGAAGCCAGAGGAAAGAAAAUUUGCUCCUAACACAAGACAAAAAGGUAUUAACGUACUACCGUCAUCAAAAGCAGAAACUCCAUCAAGAUUGGGGUCAGCUAUGCCUACACAUCAUGGGAAGUCUACAAAUACAAACUCAAGAGAUACAUCUGAACAAUAUCUAAAUAACGCUGAACCAUUAGAGGCACCACAAUCACAUUUACCAAGCAACGAAAAUAUUGGGGUUGAGAAAAUCACAGUUAAGCUAAAUCAAGAUCCCUUGGUAUUUUCAAGGGAUCCACUGUCACAAACUGAUGAUGCUGAGGACGAUGGUGAAACAGCCCUAGAUUCUAAAAGGCAAUCUUUCCCUAUAUCUAGAACAGUACAUAAUUCUCAUCUGAGACCUAACCCAGAAAGGAAUUCUGUUGAAAGUGAGAAAAAACUUCUCAAACCACACAUGUCACAGUCAGAAAGUGAAACUUUAAUUAAACCAUUUCCUGCCCCUUUACCAAACUCUGGAUUGUUAACUGCAGACACAGGUAUUAUUCAAAGCAUUACUGAAAAACAGCCACUACCUAAGAAAGAAGAAAAUUCAACACCCAUUAUCAGGUCAAGGUUAUCUUCCUAUUCCAGUGUUCGUUUAGUGAAAAAUAGACAUAACAAUGGAAAUAUUAAUAAUUCUGUGGAUUCCACUUUCGGUCAGAGACAGUCUCAUCGGGAAGAUGAAGAAUUACAUGUUCCUCAAGUAGGAAGAAGAACGUUUCAUAGGCCAUCUAGGGUUUCUUCUUCUUAUAUAAAUUCUAGGAAAGCUAUUUUUCCAAGGAGAACAUCUUCAACUGUUCUGCCAACAACAAGUCAACCUCAAAGCUCCAGAGUACCAUAUCGUUUACUUCCAUCAAUAUCUAGACAACAAAAUUAUGGAAGGUCACUAUUCAGAACUACAGCUAUGCCAACAACAACACCUCCACGCACUCCCUCUCCUACAUAUUCUCCCUCCUUGCUACGCCAGAGAAUGUUAAAUUCAAGACUAGGAUCUCCCUUACGAAGGCAGUUCACAAGACCUCAAUACCAAAAUGGUAACAAUGGAAGACCAAAUCUGACUCCAAGGAUAGGCAACAAUGGGAACACUCCUUCUGCUAGUAGAAAUGGGAAUAUUGGGGGACAAAGGUUGAUUUUUGGACCUGAAGGAACAAAGUGGGUUGUAGAUUUAAAUCGUGGGUUGGUCCUUAACCCAGAAGGACGAUAUCUUCAGGAUUCUCAAGGAAAGCCUCUACGUAUACAAAUGGGAGGAGAUGGUCGGACCAUUGUGGAUAUGAAUGGUACUCCCGUUGUUAGCCCAGAUGGUUUACCUCUGUUUGGACACGGAAGGUUCAGUAAACCAGUAGCAAGUGCUCAAGACAAGCCUGUGCUGAGUCUAGGAGGACGGCCUCUCAGGGGACUUGAAGUGGCAAGGACAACCAGAAUUCCUACAACAAGGAUGGUCACUACUCCAAUUCCAACUACUACUAGCACAACCACCCUUCCUCCAACAACCACUACACCUGAACCAACAACUGUUGAACCAACAACAGAAGAACUAGUAAUACCUACAUGUGCACCAGGCUCUUAUGCACAGUAUGACGAAGAAGGAAAUAUGAUUGUGGGUCCUGAUGACAAGCCUGAUUGUUAUACAGAAGAUAGCUACUCUGGCCAAGACCUAAUCGUUACCACCGAAACUCCUCCAGAAAGAGUUACAUAUUUUGAUCUUGAUGAUGAUUAUGAGUUUAUUGAGACUACCCAGCGACCAAUUCAAACAACGACAACAACUGAGCCUCCCAUGUUUUAUGAGGAUUCAGAAAUAAAGUCUUUUGACAACAACCUGGUUUCUGAAUUUGAUGCAGCUGGAAAGAGGAGAUUUACAGCGCCUUAUGUGACCUAUAUAAGUAAGGAUCCGAAUACUCCUUGCUCCUUGACGGAUGCCCUUGAACACUUCCAAGUGGAAAAUCUUGCAGAUCUUAUCCCUAAAGAAAUGGAAAACAGCAUCUUACCUCCCAAGAACAUCUCAUACAAUAUUACUGUUGUGGCUGUUGAGGGUUGCCAUUCCUUUGUCAUUCUAGACUGGGCCAAACCUAAAAAGGGAGACUUCAUCACAGGAUAUUUGGUUUACAGUGCAUCUUACGAUGAUUAUUUGAAGAAUAAUUGGGCAACAAGGACAGCAGGAGGGAACAAUUUACCAAUUGAAAAUUUGAAACCGAAUACAAGAUAUUAUUUCAAAAUCCAAGCAAAGAAUCCACAUGGUUUUGGACCAGUAAGCCCCUCUGUGACAUUUGUAACAGAAUCAGAUAAUCCAUUGCUCAUUGUAAGACCGCCAGGUGGUGAACCCAUUUGGAUCCCUUAUGCAUUCAAACAUGACUCAAGUUAUAGUGGUUGUCAUGGAAAGCAAUAUGUCAAACGCACAUGGUACAGAAAGUUUGUUGGAGUCAUGCUUUGCAAUUCUUUGCGAUAUAAGAUUUAUCUCAGUGAAAAUCUAAGAGAACCAUUUUACAGUAUAGGUGACAGCUGGGGGAGAGGAGAGGAUCACUGUCAGUUUGUGGAUUCCUAUAUGGAAGGAAGAACAGAUCCUCUCUCUGAAUUCCUGCCUUCAAUUAAAGGUUAUUACCGCCAAUACACUCAGGAACCUGUAAUGUUUGGCCAAAUAGGUUUUGGAACGCCUCAUAAUUAUGUUGGUUGGUAUGAAUGCGGCGUGCCCAUACCUGGAAAGUGGUAGUGGUUUUACCAAGAAGCUGGUGCUGUUUCAUGGAUAUAUUAUACAAUAGUGUUUUAAAGAACUAUGCUGAAAGAAAAGGACAGAAAAUAUUGACAGAUCUUCAAGCAUCAAGACCAAAAGACUAGAAACACUGUGUGAAACUUAAAUGUGGUGCUGCUUUCAAAUUGUCUGAGAAGCACAAGUGGAACCGUGCUUUUGUGAUUAAUGGAGCAGCCUGGGUACAGCCCACUUACAUUGAAUCCCCCUUCAAUCAGAAUACAAACUUUGUGUAAUCAUAUAACUUGCAAGAACUUCCUAAGCUUGCUGUGCGUGCUUACUUGUGAGUUAAAUCUUGUUUUUUUAAAUGGAAUUCUUUAUCGUUCACCAGUAGCAGACCACUCUGCGCUUCAGAGUUACACGUUGCAAUCACGCUUAUUUUAUUAGUAAUCAUCCAAUAUAGAAGAAUCUACUUUUGAACAAG